GAAAUGCAAAAUCUCACACGUGUUAUCUCAGAAUUCCAUCUCAUGGGCUUCUGAGAGGAUCCAGACCUGCAGCCCCUCCUCAUGAUACUGUUCCUCUCUAUGUACCUGGUCACAGUGCUUGGGAACCUGCUCAUCAUCCUGGCUGCCACUUCAGACUCCCACCUACACACACCCAUAUACUUCUUCCUAUGCAACCUGUCCUUGGCUGAUGUGAGUUUCAUCUCCAUCACGGUUCCCAAGAUGAUAGUGGACAUCAUCACACACAGCACAGUCAUCUCCUGUGCUGGCUGCCUGACUCAGAUGUCUCUCUUUAUUACAUCUGGUAGAAUGGAUGAUUUUAUCUUGAUUGUGAUGGCCUAUGACCGCUUUGUUGCCAUCUGUCACCCUCUGCAUUACCAGGUCAUCAUGAACCCCUGCUGCUGUGGAAUCCUACUUUUACUGUCAUUUGUGGCCAGCCUUUUCAAUUCCCUACUUUUUAAUUUUAUGGUAUUACAAGUUACCUGCUUCAAAAGAGCAGAAAUUUCUAAUUUCUUCUGUGAACCCACUCAACUUCUCAACCUUACUUGCUCUGAAACCCUCAGAAGUGACAUAGUCACCUAUAUUGUUAGCAUCAUAUAUGGUUUCCUCCCUUUGUCAGGAAUCCUUUUCUCUUAUUAUAAAAUCGUCUCGUCCAUUCUGAGGUUUCCAUCUCCAGGUGGCAGGUACAAAGCCUUCUCCACCUGUGGCUCUCACCUGACAGUGGUUUGCUUAUUUUAUGGAACAGGCAUUGGAGUGUAUCUCAGUUCAGCUUUCUUCAGUUCUGCUGGGAAGGUUGCCUUGGCCUCACUGAUGUACAGUGUGGUCACUCCCAUGCUCAACCCCUUUAUCUAUAGCCUGAAGAACAGGGACAUGAACAGAGCCAUGUGCAUAGUCUUCAAGAAAACAGUCUUACUCCCAACCUUGUGCUAUGCAUUUGGACCUGGUGGGAAAGGGCAGCAGACCUAA